AUGGCUCGGUACUUCUUCGCCGGGGGUACCAUGCCUUCUGCCGACCUCCUCUUCUACUUUCAGCGGCAUUUGCAGCUGGAGAAGCAUUGGCAUGUGAAUGGUCGACACUACCAGCUGACUGCAGAGGGAUGGCUGCAAAAUCUUGACGAGAACUCCGAAAAGGUCAUGGAGUUGCUGAAGCAGACCUACCCUGCAGGCACUGAAGUUAUGUGGUUCAAUCGAUGGAGGGCCUUCUUCAUGGCCUGCGCAGAACUCUGGGGCUACAAGGAUGGUAAUGAGUGGAUCGUGGCCCAUUACCUUUUCAAAAAGCCUGACGCUGUCAAGGCGAAGAAGGCAACGAGCAGCCCGGCAAAGGAAGCAAAUUAA